CCCGCCAAAAGGUGGUGCGAUAUCGCAUUUCGCGUCAUUUGAGCUUCAGCAUUGUACGUAAGCGUACAUCACGUUGCCGGCGUACUGCGCACUUCUUUGUUAGGGAGCCUAAAUGCAAGCGGCGUUGCAUGUAGGCUCCCUAUUCUUUGUGUUUGCGCUCUUACGCAUACGUCCUUCGGACAUGGCUUCAAAAUGCCUUGUUGAGUUUCGGGAAAAGAAGAUCGUCGUUAAUUUUGACGAGUCGUUGACGCGGCAAGAGCUGCUCGCAAACCUGCAGGCAUCAGGUGUCCUGCCGAAUGUCGAUUCAGCACAGCUAAAAUUCACGGUGUAUGAUGAAGACUUCAAAGUAUUUGUAGAUGUCUCAGAUGACUUUGUCAUUACUGACAAACUUAAAGUGCAACUAAAAGAAGUGAGCGAGUACAGGGUUGCGGAUGUUUUGGACGUUGAAGUAGCACAAAUGCCGCUGCAAGUAGCACCUACAUUUAUGUCAUACACGCUCCCACCAGUACCACUGGACAUUCAGAUGGCUAUUGAGAAGCAUCGAGCUGGGAUGCACUUUGAAAAGAGGCAGCGGCUCAUCCAGUGGUUGUUUCACGACCUCUGCUCAUAUGGAAUGCAACCAGGAAAGCUCUACGAGGAAGCAGGGAAAGCACUUGUUGCAAAAUACCCCAGUUUGGCUGACAGCACUGGCACCGGAUAUGAUUCCUGGAGGGAAUCGUUGCGCUUCAAGGCGAAGUACGAAAGAAGAAAGAUAAAGAUCCAGCGCGGGGAAAUUGUGCCUACCAAGAGGCCUCAAACAAGUAGUACAUUGACCAGUGGCGAGACAACGGUGAAAAGAACGAAAAGACCUACUGCUGGUAUUGAAGUGUGGGAUGGCGAAGAUGAGAACAGCAUCAGAAGCCACAUCGCUGCCAUGAAAAAGGAGCUUGCAAAACCAAAGGCUGACGUUUCAUAUGUCGCAGAUUGCAUGUUACGGACAUUCAGAAUCCGACGGGACUGGAUAGAAAAAGAGUGCCCAUCGAUCCAGGCUAUCACAGAUGAAUAUCCAUCACUGAAAUUGCGCACCAUGCUUCACAACGAGUUUACACUGCAAACAGGUGUGGACUUGAGUACAACACUGCGACCACUCCUGCGUGCUGUUGCAAAGAAAGUCAUUGAAAUCGCCCAGAAGAAAAGGCACCUUGAGGCAUUUCUUGCGGAUUUUGACAGUCGCUGGGAGGCUGCCACUGAUGAGAAAAGAAAUGAUCUGAUGGAGACCGCUGCAAUUUGUUUGCUGCCCUGUCUCGUUAAGGAGCGCAAGGAAGCAUUUUUGACAACUGACAGCAGCACUGUGCACAGCGUGCCUACCGUGGUAUGCACCAUUGAUGCGUGGGAUUCGACACCCUUUAGGGUCUGUCUGGAGGAUAUCGAAAUUCAAGAGAUCACGCUGCCAGAAGCCCUGUCAACAUUGUUCGCCCUUUAUUGGGCGUUCGACAUCGUGUUUGCAAAAGGGGUGCACAAAACGCUGGAAGUGAUUGCUAAACUUUUGAAUGUACCAAGCAACGCGCACCUCUCGCCACUAGCGCGUGUUGCGUAUACAGUGUUAAAAGCGUGCAUCAGUUGAGAAUUAAGCAUGAUGUCCUUGUGUAAUUUUGGUUGAAAACAUUUUAUGUAUUGCUUUAUUUAUUUGCCAGGCGUGCAUUUUAAUCGGUUUUUUUUGCCUGUCUUGUACAUUACAUCAUAUAUCAAUAAAACCUAUUUCAUGACGUUUUUCAUGAGUCACUUUUUGCCUUAUAUUUCCAGUGUCUGCCAAUGUAGUAAAAUACUUGGAGGCAUUCAUAGUGAAUUUUCAAUGUGGAAAUUGCAUUGCAGCUUGUCAUAUAUAAAGCAUGCUGUGGGACAAAAUGGCA